AUGAAAGUAAAAACAUUGACCAGAAAUCCUGAUGAAUAUUUAAGAGAAACAAAAAGAGAUCUCCAUAAGCAGCCAAGAAAUUAUGAUCCAUCCUUGCACCCGUACGAGGCUGCUCGUGAGUACACCCGAGCUCUGAACGCGACAAAACUAGAGCGAGUGUUUGCAAAACCGUUCGUCGGAAACUUAGACGGUCACAAAGACGGCGUGUCAAGUGUCUGUACUCAUCCAAAAUAUUUAUCAGUGUAUCUAAGCGGAGCUUGUGACGGAGAAGUAAAGAUCUGGAACUUGCCAACGCGAACAUGCCAGCGGACAAUUUUAGCCCACGAUGGAGAAGUAAAAGGCAUUACUUUCGCCAGUGAUAAAGAACAUUUUAUCACUGUUGGUAAUGACAAGUCCAUCAAGACGUGGAAGUACUCCAAGGCUGAAGAAGAAGAAGAAGAAGAAGAAGAAGCAGAUGAGCCUACCAACACAAUUUUCAGCAGAAAAAUUCUAACAGGCAUCACUCAUCACCGGAAUAAACCUUUGUUCGCAACUUGCGGAGAAAUUUGUCAAUUAUGGGAAGAAACAAGGAACGAACCUGUGAAAUCAUUCCAAUGGGGAAUUGAUGGCUUGCUGGAUGUUAAAUUCAAUCAAGUACAGACGAAUUUACUUGCUGCGUGUUCUAGCGAUCGCAGUGUAAUUCUGUAUGACACAAGAGACGUAGGACCCAUGAGAAAAGUUGUCAUGAAACUAAAAACCAAUCAACUUGCUUGGAAUCCCAUGGAAGCUUUCACAUUCACUUGUGCGAAUGAAGAUUACAAUUUGUAUACAUUCGACACUCGUCAUUUAAAAUCACCGAUAAAUGUACACCAGGACCACACCAGCGCAGUUGAUACAGUUGACUAUUCACCAACUGGUCGAGAAUUCGUAUCAGGUAGUCACGAUAAAUCAAUUCGCAUAUAUGAAGUCAAUAAAGGACACGCUCGUGAUAUUUAUCACACAAAACGAAUGCAGAAAUUGAAAUGUGUCUCCUGGUCUCUCGACAAUAAAUAUAUUAUUAGUGGUAGUGAUGAAACUAAUAUCCGGGUAUGGAAAGCUCGGGCCUCGGAAAAAUUGGGAGUGCUGAAGCCUAGGGAAAGGAUGGCUUUGAAUUAUAGUUCUGCGUUGAUUAAUAAAUUCGCAGCGCAUCCACAAAUUCGUAGGAUUGCGCGUCACAGACAAAUACCCAAACAUAUUUAUAAUGCGCAGGCUGAAUUACGGACUAUUCGGGAGAAACAGAAGAAAAAAGAAUCAAAUCGUCGUGCUCAUUCACGUCCUGGAACUGUUCCAUUUGUAUCAGAGAGAUCGAAGCAUGUUGUCCGAGAAGAAACAUAA